AGACUGCCACGUGUAUAGUGACUGUAGUCAGGGGAUCCAGGAGUUUGGGCACCUUCUGUUUGGCUAGGGAAAACAAAGCUAUGCACUUCUUCUUAACAUUCCUUUGCUUUCUACAGGCAUUUAUUCUCCUUACUGUUUUCAGCGCAGAACAAAAAACAGAUAAUGAAGAAGAGCAAGUUAAAAUCGAAGUGCUGCACCUUCCCAGCGAAUGCAAACAAAAGAGCAAAAAAGGAGACCUUGUCAAUGCGCAUUAUGAUGCUUUCCUCGCCCAUAAUAUGACCAAAUUGUAUUGCAGUCGUUCAUCAGCAGAUGGCCACCCAAAGUGGUUUGUUCUUGGCGUUGGACAAGUUAUUAAAGGCCUUGAUAUGGCACUAAUGGACAUGUGCAGUGGAGAAAAAAGAAAAGCGAUCAUCCCCCCUUCACUGGCUUAUGGACAAAGAGGACAUGAUAAAAUCCCACCUAAUGCAACACUGAUUUUUGAAAUCGAACUUUACGGGAUCACCCGAGGCCCACGAAGCUCGGAAGCAUUUCAUCAAAUAGAUCUGAACAAUGACAAGCAGCUGUCGAAAGAGGAGAUAAGUCAUUACUUGACAGAAGAAUUUAAGAGAGAUGGAAAACAAAGGGACCCAUCGGUCCAUGGCACGAUCUUAACGGAUAUAUUCCAAAAGAAUGACCAUGAUGGUGAUGGCUUCAUAUCUCCUAAAGAAUACAAUGUGUACAGCCACGAUGAGCUAUAGAAAAUAAUCCCCUACAUGUCAGCAUUUCCUAAGCUAUGCACAUAAGCAAAUGCCUUAUGACGUACUGGGGGAUUAUUAUCCACUACCCAUACUGGACUAGACAUUGCUUUUAUUGGUUUCUUUGGAUCGAAUAGUGCAUCAUGCCCCAUAAGGAUCAAUGAACCCUCCUAUCUAUCCAUCUUUAGGUAGCAGCUACUUAUCUCUCUGUGGUGACAUAAGGCUUAAACGGGAAAUAAUAAUAAUAUUCGCCGAUGGUGUCAGUAAAAGGGCUUGUACCACUUUCUUCAUAGCUUUUUUAGCAUUAAGCUACUGCCACACAUGGCAGAUUCUUGGCCUGUGGAUAAACACAGGCCCAGAAUCUGCCCCUAAAUGCUUCUUGACGUGCCUGCACCCGGAGCCAUUGCAUUGGCCCGGAUGCAGGCACAUGGAGUGGAUUACCAUGCAGAACUGUAUACUCGAGCAGUUUCACACAAAAAUCCACUCCACAAGCCUGCACAAUAGCCGACACUCUGGCAAACUUUGCACCUUUUAUACAUAAGCCCGAAAGAAAUGUGUUUUUUUAUGUCUUGCACUAAACCUGGAAAAGACUGAAACUCAAAUCUCUCCCAUACUUUCAACCUGGUACCUAUAUUCGCAAUGUGGUUGUCACAUAAAAAAAAGUGAAAUACAUUUCUAAUCAUUUGUGUUCUGCUGUGAAAAAUAGAAAACCUAAUAAAUUUCAUUUUCUUUAAAA